AAAAAAAAUACGCAUACGCAAAAGUUAAAAUGGCAAAUGAACAAGAUAUAUUAAGCUUUUGCGAUAUCACAGGUGCUUCUGUUGAAGUAGCUAAUCAAUUCUUGGAGAUAGCUGAUGGUAAUGUUCAAACAGCAGUUACCCUUUUCUUAGAAAAUGGUGGUGCACCUGUCAACACGAGUGCCCAUGAUACUGCGACAUCAAGUAGAGAACCAGAACAUGUUGAAAUAAAUGAAGAUCAAGUCUUGGCUGACGAAGAAUUAGCAAGACGAUUACAAGAAUCUCAGGAAGUUAGAGCACCCAUUGCACCUAAGCGUGACAUUCUUGCGGGAGACGCUGGUUUAUUUGAUCCCAGUAUUGCUUGGUCAAGUAGCAGCAGAGAAAGAAAUGGUAUAAGUCGUCCAUCGAUAUUUAAUCAAGGCGAUUCAACAACAGGAUCUAUUGUGAACGUGUUUGAUAUAACAGAGGAUGAUGAUCACAGCCCUAGGAGUGUUUCACCUUCUGAAACACCUAACAGUUCAAGCCAUUCUAAAGCUAGAAGAUUAGCCGAUUUAUUCAGACCACCAUUUGAUAUCAUGUUUCGUGGCUCUUUUGAGCAAGCUCGAGAGACAGCCAAAGAAAACGACAAGUGGAUAAUGGUUAAUAUACAAAACCCAAGCGAAUUUUCAUGUCAAGUGCUCAACCGUGAUUUAUGGAGUGAUGGAUUUGUCAAAGAUAUAAUUAGGCAAUGGUUUAUUUUUCUUCAAUUUGGACAUGAAAGUCCGGAUGGUAGAAGAUAUUGCACAUAUUAUUCACUAAGAAGAUAUCCUCACAUUGCAAUCAUCGACUCGCGUACUGGCGAAAGAGUAAAAGUUUGGGAAAAGUCAUUGAGUCCGACAGACUUUGUGAUGGAAGUUACCGAAUUUCUUGAGGGUUGUGCAGCAGCCGAGGAAAAGGCAACAAUGAAACGACCCAAAUUAGCCAAAGAAAAGAAAAGUUUGACUGAUAUGAGUGAAGAAGAACAAUUGAAUGCAGCUAUUGCAGCAUCAUUAAAUAAUACGUCAUCACCGUCAUCAUCAUUAACAAAUGAUAAUGAAGAACCAGUUGAAAAAGAAGAAGAAUCCGUUUUUGAUAGCAUAAAGCCGAUUAAAAGAGAAGAAGCAGGAGGAGAAGAUACGACACGUAUACAGAUAAGGAUGGGAAAUGGCAAUAGAAUAGUAAGAAGAUUCAAAAAAUCAGAUCCAGUUAGAUAUUUGUUUGAAUUCAUUAAAGCCGAAAUACCUGAAGCAGAAAAUCAACACUUUGAGCUCGUCUUUAAUCGUACACAACUUAUUGAUAUUGUUGAUCAAUCUAUUGCUGAUGCUGGACUAUCCAAUGCAGCCAUCAAUUGCUUAUUGACUACUGCUUAGGAUGUACUACAUUACACUGACAUGUGAAAAUAGCAAGCAUAUAAAUAAAUGUAUAAAUAUGCGCCAUAUAUCACAUAUUGCAGAAUACAUAAAAAGUCUAUACUGUAAAGGGAUUUUACACCAAGUCUAUAUAAACAUCACAAAGGGAGGUAUUUUCGGCUUAUAUACAAAUAUUGUGAAAUAAGAUGGUUGAUCACAUAUUCCCAUGAUGAAGCUGGCCGAAUAAGUGUAACCAUAUGAAAAAAAAAAAGAGCGAGAAAGACUAUCAAGCAGAGAUAUAUAUAAAGAGAUUACAACGUCAUCUUUAACAGACAAAGCCUUUAUGAGCUGAUAUAUAAUAAGAAGAUAAAAUAUGAGAAAAAAUAGAGAGAUAGAAUAGG